GGGACGCAUGCGUAGUGUCUCCGCGGUAAUUAGGGUAAUUUCCUCGGCGGGCGUGAGGGGACCCCAGUCUCUCGGGGUUAGUGUUCCUGUCACCUGGCCUUUGUCUCCUCCGCGCCCGAGCGGGGUCGCAGGCUCUCGAGUUCCUCCCGCUUCCCAUCGCCGGCUUCCCUCCGCUGCGCGACUCUCAGUGUUUUAUUAGAUGCGUGUGCACACACUCCGCCCAGGCAAGCAUCUGUGACACGCCAGGCGCUGUGCUGCGGGCCAGGGCCAAAAUGAGUUUGUUUGGAACAACCUCGGGUUUUGGAUCUGGUGGGACCAGCAUGUUUGGCAGCACAACCACAGAUAAUCACAACCCUAUGAAGGAUAUUGAAGUAACAUCCUCUCCUGAUGAUAGCAUUGGUUGUCUAUCAUUUAGCCCCCCAACCUUGCCGGGAAACUUUCUUAUUGCAGGAUCGUGGGCUAAUGAUGUUCGAUGCUGGGAAGUUCAAGAUAGCGGACAGACUAUUCCAAAAGCCCAGCAGAUGCACACAGGGCCUGUGCUGGAUGUCUGCUGGAGUGAUGAUGGGAGUAAAGUAUUUACAGCCUCAUGUGAUAAAACUGCCAAAAUGUGGGACCUCAAUAGUAACCAGGCGAUACAGAUUGCACAGCAUGAUGCUCCUGUCAAAACAAUACAUUGGAUCAAAGCUCCAAACUACAGCUGUGUGAUGACUGGGAGCUGGGAUAAGACCUUGAAGUUUUGGGAUACACGAUCAUCAAAUCCUAUGAUGGUGUUACAGCUCCCUGAAAGGUGUUACUGUGCUGACGUGAUAUAUCCUAUGGCUGUGGUGGCAACUGCAGAAAGGGGCCUGAUUGUGUAUCAGUUAGAGAAUCAGCCUUCUGAAUUCAGGAGGAUAGAGUCUCCACUGAAGCAUCAGCAUCGAUGUGUGGCUAUUUUUAAAGACAAACAGAACAAGCCGACAGGUUUUGCCCUGGGAAGCAUCGAGGGGAGAGUUGCUAUCCACUACAUCAACCCCCCAAAUCCUGCCAAGGAUAACUUCACCUUUAAAUGUCAUCGAUCUAAUGGGACCAACACUUCUGCUCCUCAGGACAUCUAUGCGGUUAACGGAAUUGCGUUCCAUCCUGUCCAUGGCACCCUUGCCACUGUGGGAUCUGAUGGUAGAUUCAGCUUUUGGGACAAAGAUGCCAGAACAAAACUAAAGACUUCGGAACAGUUAGAUCAGCCGAUAUCAGCCUGCUGCUUCAAUCACAAUGGAAACAUAUUUGCAUAUGCUUCCAGCUACGACUGGUCAAAGGGACAUGAAUUUUAUAAUCCCCAAAAGAAAAAUUACAUUUUCCUGCGUAACGCAGCUGAAGAGCUAAAACCCAGGAAUAAGAAGUAGUGGCUGGAGACCUGUGGGUUGUCCGGAGUUUUCUCUCCAUUCUGCCUCGUCUCUGUACGAAUUUGGGUCCCAGCUUUCAGUAGGUUGUCAGCCCUGGAUGUGGAUUUCAACCUCUGGAGAAAACGAUGUCAUUCUUCAGCAGGCAGGAGCCCGGCAGUCGCAGUGACUGUCCGUCUCCAUUCCACUGCCGGUUACAGGUUUCGUCUGUACCUCUAAGGAGAUUCAAACCAUUAUAGACGUCCUUAGAUUCACAUGGGUGCCUGCCAGGUAUUUGCAGCGCUUCAUCCCUCAGUGUACGUAUUAGAGAACAUUGGGAAACAUUUGGCGAGCCUGUACUGUAUUUUGUAAUAAACAUUUUGAAGAUUGUCUCCUAAGCUCCCUUUGUCCGACUCUCCUCUCACCCACCCAUGAGCUCUGAAGUGGUGUCCUGCUCGGCGUCCUCGUUGGGUUUUGGUUUGUGAUUGCAGAUGCCCUUUCGGAAAUGAGAGAUCUUGCCCCUCAGGAGAGACAGUCCUGAGCUGGGGUUGUCUCUGCCCGUUGGCAUGUCCAGCAGCAGCCUCUCCAAGCAUUGCUGGACAGAGUUUGGGUGUGCUUUUCUCUUGCUUCCCUCAUUCCCAUCUUUGACAUUCUAGUCCUUUUCACCUCUGCUGGGUGUCCUGGUGACUGGAACAUGGUUCUUCCUGUUUUGAGGGACAGCCGUUUAUGGGCAGAGCCCGAGUGGGUGAUGCCUUUGUGGACUCCAAAGUCCACUGCAUGGGAAGUGCUCUGAGCUCGUGCCCCCAGUAGCCGUAGUUUUGGAGUGUUUUUUUAUUUCAUGUAAUAAAAUUCCUGAUUGGUAAGUAUCAGAAAUGAGAGUCUAUUGUGUUUUUACCCUGCAAACCCAAAUAUUGCCGCUUUACUCUUUGGGGCCGGUUGUAAAUUAACUUGCUCAGUGUGGAAGUCAGGUAUUGUAAUAUUGUAAGACAUGUUUGCCUACUCCUAAAAGACAAAAUAAAGUUU